AUGCAAACACCAGUAUCAGUAAGCCGAGUUCACACGACCACAUCGUCAUCAGCAGAAGCAGAGUUCCACAUCGCCGUGAUAUACGACUUGACCAUGAAAACCUAUCUGCCCGAGAAGAAUCUCACUUUUGAUGGGCAAGUGGAAAUCUCCUUGGUGGUUGUUGAGCCAACCAAAAGUAUCGUGCUCAAUUCGAGAAACAUUACUGUGAUCAAAGAUCAAUGCGAAGUGUUCUCAGAAGACAAUAAAAAGCUUGAUAUCGAAAAAGUGCUAGAGCAGGAAAGGCUGGAGAAAGUUGAAUUCGUUCUGAAAAAUGGCCUGGAGAAAGAUCAGAAGAUCCGUCUCAAGGUGAAAUAUACCGGGUUUGCUGCGACCACUCAUAUGGAGCCGUCCGACGCCCGUCGCAUGGUGCCGUGCCUAGAUGAGCCAGAGUACAAGGCAAAUUGGACCGUGACCAUGAUCCAUCCAAAAGGUACCACAGCAGUGUCGAAUGGAAUCGAGGACGGAAAACCC